AUGAACAAUAUGCAAUGGUCAGAGCAGUCUUCUUCACCGCAUGAUGGCGGACCUGGAGCUCCGACUAUAAAGAACCAUUCGGUGACCCAUUUUGCUGGCACUCUAUACGCUUUCGGUGGCUAUGAUGGAAGAAGAAAUCACAAUUCGCUGCUGCUGUAUUCCAUCCGGGAUCAGAGAUGGUUUCGACCUCAUCAUGUAGGAACUGGAGGCCCAGAUCAAGCAGCAUUCUUGGGCGAUACCACCGUUUUGGUGACAGGCAAUGCCCCGCCCGGCCGCAAUGGUCACUCUGCCACCCUUGCGGCUGAUCCUGAUGACGACGAAAAUGGUAGAAUAAUUAUCAUUGGAGGUUGGUUGGGAACAGGUCCCUUGGCUGCUUCCGACAUGCACGUGUUGGACAUCGCCAAUGGUGGCCGACGGCUCAGAUGGUAUCAACCCGCCGUGAAAGGCACCCCUCCUGGUCCAUGCAAUAUGCACAGUGCUGAUUAUGUUGCUAGCAAAAAAGAGGUCUAUGUGUUCCGUGGUGGAAAUGGUCGCGAAUAUUUGAAUGAUUUGCAUGCUUUGCAUGUCGAAUCUCUCACCUGGAGAAGGGUCGAAACCAAUGGUGCAGUGCCACAACAACGAGCAAAUCAUUCUUCAGCCAUUCUAGAGGACACUGGCGAGUUGUUUAUUUUUGGUGGAUGGAAUGGAACAGAACGAUUGAAUGAUAUUCAUAUUUUAGACACCGAAACAUCCACCUGGACCUGUCCACACAUCGGAGGCCUUUUGCCGCACCCAAGGGCAGGGAUGACCCUGACAGCCCUCAGGGGUCGACUGUAUCUGUUUGGAGGGAGUGGCACGAGCUCAAAGUGCUUUCAAGACUUGCAAAUAUUGGACCGUUCAGAAAUGGCGUGGUUGGAUGUUACCGCAACACAGUUCGAGCCGAGGCGAGGUAUGCCGGGAAACUCCAUGCUGGGAGGAAUGAAUGAACACAACGCUGCCGAGAGGCUCAUGAAUGCGCACCACAUGAACGACAAUACACAUAAUGACGAUUAUAAUCUACGAUGGCCACUUGUGGGCAAUAUCGGGGCAGGGGGGUUUCAUCCUGAUCACCCUGUACUGAUCGGCAACGGCGUUGUGCCAGGUCAUGACAGAGAAAUGAUGGGCGAUAGACCAACGCAGAGAUAUCACCCUGGUUUACCCCAUGGAAACGUCAUGCAGCCUGGACAACGCCUCGGAGCCAUGCGUUCUCCGUCACUCGCGGGAGGAAUGCAAGAUGGUGGAGGCGGCAGUUCUUACGCGCCAUCAGCACAGCUUGACUGGCGAGCUAGAGAUUAUGCAUUUCAAACCGGGUCCCCUUCUCAGGGCGGGAGUAUUGUACCGAUGGCGGGUGGUGGCGGCGCAAAUCCAAACGAUGAGGAGACCAUCCCAACUGUGUUAGUGCACGGAGUAGGCCCCGGUCGUCGUGCCGGUCACACAGCAACUGCAGUCAACAGGCGAAUUUAUGUUUUCGGCGGCUCUUGCGGAAGCGAUUACCUCAACGACUUCUUUGUUUUGGACUCUGAUCCGCCGCCUCACGCGCGAGUCACUGAGCCGACUAGUCUGCAAUUGCUCGACAGAAGAUUGAGACACUUUUUCAACGACGACGAAUUCUCGGACGUUACAUUUAUCGUUCAGGGGCAAAAAGUCUAUGGUCACCGACUGGUAUUGUCAAUUGUCUCGGACUGCUUUCGAGCAAUGUUCACCACAGGGUUUCGAGAGUCUCAAGAGAUGGAAAUCGAACUCAAUGAUGUUUCGCUAGAGGCCUUCCUUGCUGUCAUGGAGUAUAUCUAUACUGGGCAGACACCGAAGAUGGACCCUGGUCCUUCGCUUCGGCCUGGGCCUGAUGCAGCUCGUGACGUGAGCUUGGGCCGAAUCAUUGAGAUAUUGGAGUUGGCAGAUCGAUUCUUCUUGGAUCAUUUGAAGCAAAUCUGCGAAACCAUGCUGCAGCCAUCUGUCAGCGCUGAAACUGUUGAAUUUCUGCUGCCUCUUGCUCAAAAGACCAAUGCGGGCCAACUCCAAACAAUUUGUGAGCACUUUAUACGCAACCAGCAAGAACAUGCAUAG